AUGAGUCGAGGGAAUGUAACCAAACGCGAGUUAUGCGUGAAACGUAUGCGGGAGAUUCAUGAGCUGUCGAUGCUCGCCGCGGACAAUGUAAAUCAGAGACCGAACUUUCUCGUGCGAUAUCCCAUCGUGACCAAAUUGGUCGAGGACUUUGAGGCAGCCCACCUCAAGAUAAUACAAAACGCCUCAGAUGAAGAGUUCGAAACAAAGGAUUCGAUUCGCCGGGACUUUGACGAGAUGCGCUUCGCGGUAAUCGGGCGUUACGAGAGAUUUGUGGGCGCCGACCGAGUAGCCGCUCCGGCCCCGCAGGCCCCGGUCCAGACGUCAUCGGUCAAAUUGCCCAAGAUCUCCCUUCCGCAAUUUUCGGGAGAUCUCACGCUUUGGCCCUCGUUCAUCGCGUUAUACAACAUCUCUAUUCACGAGAACCGGAACGUCCCUACCAUAGAGAAGUAUCAAUAUCUGAUAUCCUGCUUGAAAGGAGAAGCGCUGAACGUCGUCAAGAACAUCCCUCUCUCCGCCGAUAACUACGCGAUAGCUUAUGACGCCUUGAUUUCGCGAUAUCAAAACAAACAAGACUUGGCGGAUUAUCACGUGGAUUUGAUGCUGAAAGCUCAGCCGUUGAAGUCGGAGUCGGCCGUCCCCCUGCGCACGCUGUUGAGCACCUUCACCGAGAACACGCGAGCAUUGAAUCUAUUAGGAUUUCCUACAGACGCUUGGGAUUAUCUCCUUCUCAAAUUCUUGCUGGAGAAGCUCCCUCGCUCGCUCCGCGAGAAGUUCGAAUCUGAACACCGGGCGGAGGAAAUACCGAAAUUCACGCAGCUCACAAAGUUCCUCUCUGAUCACUGCCGGAUUCUCGCGUCGGUAUCGGGCUCACAAAAUACGUCGCAAAAGUCUCAGUCGACUUCGUCAAAGAAUUCCGCGUCGGCUUCGUCGCUCGCAACUCGAACCGCCGAGUGUCCGGUAUGUAAAGAACAACACCUUGUUGCAAAAUGUUCUCGGUUCUUAAAGUUAGCACCCCGAGAGAGGCAUUUGACGGCUAAAGCUUCGAACUUGUGCUAUAACUGCCUCCGCGCGGGCCACAGCGUUAAUGACUGUCCAUCGUCGUGGACGUGUCGGUCGUGUAAGGCCAAACAUCACACGCUCCUGCAUUUUGAGCAGAACUCGGGCUCGGCGAAUGCACCCACAGACGCCGAACCACCCUCCGAAUCGGGGACAACGUCAUCGCAGGGAAGCGAACCCCUCGUUAGCAUGGCUAGUGUCGCGCGGUCGAACCCGAUCGUAUUGUUGUCGACGGUACAAGCCGAAGCGCUCGACGCACACGGAAAUCCCUUCCCCGUUCGUAUUCUGUUAGAUAGCGCGAGCCAGCUAAACUUUAUCUCCGAAAGUUGCAUGCAGAGGGGUGGUUUCGGACGAACCAAGUGCCAUACGGUAGUUCUCGCGGUAAAUGAUACAAGGGCGGCUGCAACUCGAGGCCGCACCUCACUCGUAAUACAAGCACAGGGCAGGGAAAGCACGCGCACCCCAGUAGAGGCUACGAUUCUUCCGCGCAUCUCCGCCCCGUUACCUAGCAGUCAGGUCGAGCGAAGAGCGUGGAAACAUUUGAACGGAUUGCGGCUAGCUGAUCCGCGGUAUCACCGACCCGGUCCCAUCGACAUCCUGAUCGGCGCAGAAAUCUUCGCGUCGUUACUUCGGGAUGGCCGUCGCGUGGGAAAGAAGGGCGAACCAGACGCCUUCAAUUCCGUCUUCGGCUGGGUUCUCGUCGGUUCGGUAUCGACGCAGGCGCCGGGAUCCACACAUUCGUUUAUGACUCUCGAUUCGUUGGACGCAUCUCUUAGUCGAUUUUGGCAACUAGACGAGAUUCCAUCGGUCCCACCGUAUUCGCAGGAGGAUAAACGUUGCGAGGAAUUAUUCGCUCAGACCACGCGUCGGGACGCGUCCGGUCGUUUUGUCGUAUCGUAA